AUGGAUGUAAAUGUCGAGCUCCAAAAUUUCAUCCGAGUAUGGUUUGCAGCUAUUGGAGCUUUAUGCUAUUGCUACUACUGCGUAACCCGUAUUCCUAGCGGCGUCCUAAGGCUUCUCUUUGUUCUUCCCAUUGUCUAUUUCUUUCUCAUUCUCCCUCUCGAUCUAUCUUCCUUCCAUCUUGGUGCCCCCACAAUUUUCUACCUCGUCUGGCUCGCUAAUUUCAAGCUGCUUCUCUUUUGUUUCGAUCGAGGGCCUUUAUCCUCUUACUCUUCUUUACCUCUUCUUCAUUUCCUCUCUAUCGCCCUUCUCCCGGUUAAACCAACCUACAUUAUCAGAGACGGAUUCAAAAUUUCAUCAACUCAGUCGGUGCAGAGUACCGAAAGAGCACCUGGUUUGUUUUGGGGGAAAAUAAUCCUGUUGGCAGCUAUUAUUAGAGUAUACAAUUACAGAGAACUUUUACAUUCAAAUGUUAUUUUGGUUCUCUAUUGCUUACAUAUUUAUCUAGCAGUGGAGUUAAUCCUUGCAAUCACAGUUAUCCCAGUACGAGCUCUUCUAGGGCUAGAAAUUGAGCCUCAAUUCAACGACCCAUACAUCGCCACCUCACUUCAAGACUUUUGGGGCCGUAGAUGGAACUUAAUGGUGCCGGGGAUUUUACGUCCGGCGGUGUAUUUUCCUGUCAGGGGUAUUUUAACCUCUUCUUUAGGGAAGGAAUUAGCCAGUUUACCAGCAAUUUUUGCUACAUUUUUAGUUUCUGGGUUAAUGCAUGAAUUGAUCUACUAUUACCUCUCCCGCGUGAGACCCACAUGGGAAGUGACUUGGUUCUUCGUCUUACAUGGAAUUUGUGUGUGCAUAGAGGUUACCGUGAAGAAAUUUUUUCAUGGCGGCUGGCAGAUGAAUAGGGUGGUUUCCGGUGUAGUCACAUUGGCGUUUGUGGCUUGGACCGGUGAUUGGCUAUUUUUCCCACAGAUUAUUAGGAAUGGGUUAGACCAGAAAGCCAUUAACGAGUACUACGUUAUGGUAGAUUUGGUCAAAGAUAGGCUGCUGCCAGUUUUGGGAAUUUAA